CCAUAUUUAUGUAUGUCUGUAUCAUUUUAAAUAAAUCACUUAACUAAUUAACCAAUUAACUAGAAUGUAUUAGAAUUGUUUAGAGCAAAAUGUCUAAUUAACAAUUUGGAAAUAUUUCCAACACUGUGCGCUAGUGCAAGCUGUACUCAUUGGAUUCGCGAUUAGUUUGUUUGUCUAUAAUUUUACUUUAUCUAUGAAUAACUGUAGCAUAUAUCCGGCGCACUCGCAGUGAUAUAUUUAAUACAUUUAAUUUAUAUUAGUGCGUUAAUAGUGUUAUAAAGUGUUAUAUUGAGUGUUUUAUGUUCCGUUACUUUGUUAUUAUUGUAAAAUAUUCGCAUUGCGCAUACAUUAAAUAAUGUUAAAAUAUAACAUUAAUUUUUACUCUAAUUUGAUAUUGUAUGCGACGCAGAGAAUGUUGAUCAGAAUUAAAAUGAUGUAAAAUUCGAAAUGCAGAAAGCCUCUACUCGAGGAUCGCCCAGCAGAGUGUGUCGAUCAGUCUCCUCCGAGUGUUCGACGUGUUUGCGUCGUUCGCAGAAAACGUGGGCGCGCACGACGAAAUGGUAAACGACAAGUGCAAUUCAUCCGUCGAGCUCGGCAUCGCAAUGGACAACAAGGAUGCUAAAGGAUUCCUUAAGGAAGAAACGGUGAGGAAGAUCAAGUCGAUCGCCGGUCAUGUGGCCUUGUUAAUCGCUCUGAUGCUCUACACCGCGAUCGGUGGAUUGGUCUUUCGGCAGAUCGAACUCCCGGCAGAGCUCGGACGGCUCGAACGUUUGCGCGCAAAAUUACGUAUGCAACGAUAUCGUUUCAUCGAGUCCAUUUCCAACAAUACGGACGUCUUCAAUUUGCGAACCUUGGUAAGCGUGAAAUUGCGCGCCUACGAAGAAGCUGUUCAGGAUGCGGCUGAAGCGGGUCUUUUGGUCAGUUUUGUAACGGAUACCAUGGAUCAGGAUGCUCACAUUGAAUCGGACUUGCCGCCCAUCAUAACUGAAAGAUGGAGCGUUCUCCAAGCGGUUUUCUUCGCCAGCACUGUUCUCACUACGAUUGGAUACGGCAACGUCGUGCCCUCGACUAAUUGGGGAAGGAUUUUCUGCAUCCUCUUCGCUCUCAUCGGCAUACCUCUCACCCUGAUCGUGAUUGCCGACUUGGGAAAGCUGUUUGCGGAGGGAGUGGUGUAUAUUGCGUUGACGCUAAAAUUGAAAUUUCCGUUUCGCGCGAAAUUAUCAUGCGUUCCGACGAACGUAACCGGUCGACGAUCGCUCGGCGCCUGUGCCGCUAUCGUACUGCUCUUUCUAUAUCUUGCCUGCGGCGCCGGUAUGUUUAUGCUGUGGGAGGACGAUUGGAACUUUUUCGAUGGAUUUUAUUUCUGCUUCGUUACAAUGACCACUAUAGGCUUUGGCGAUCUUGUGCCGAAGAAGCCUAAAUACACUUUAUUGUGUACUUUGUACAUCUUGGUCGGUUUGGCGCUGACUGGCACUAUCAUCGAACUCGUUAGACGACAAUACGCUCAGUCUUGGAGAAGGCUGCAAAGACUGAGUGGUCCAUUAGCUGAAACUCUCAGGAAACUCGGCGAACAAGCAGGCGGCGACAUGUCCGCGCUACAUUCUGAUCUAAGGAAAGUAUUGACAAUCAUAUCUAUGCCGCGUUUGAGAUGGUCCACUUCCAUUGAUCGUGAUGUCACAAAGGACCGGGAUUGGGAGGAAGCUGUGGAGGCGGUAUUGCGCGAUAUCGCUGCAUCCGCGACAGUGCCGCCGCCCAAAAAGCCGAUUGUGCAAAUCGUCGUUUAUGAAUCUAGCGUUUAAUGUAUUGUCAAGAAUAUGAUACACGGAAGAAAC